AUGGCACCUUCUGUUGCAUUGAUGGUCAAGCGUAUCGAGCUCAAUCAUGCCCCGAUCGAUAUGCAUGCAAAAAAAGCCCCUCUGUGCCAACAGCCUGCAGCUACGCAGGCCCUUCCCUUUUGCCCAGUCCCGUUAUGGUCAAACGGCUCGCCCUCCAUCCCCAAUUUUAGCAGACCACGACUGCUAGAACAAGAUCCCAAUUUAUGGAGCGGAACCAGCUCAUCACCAAAGGCACCGCCUGAAGUUAACCAAGAAGCCAGUUCGAGUGUCGCCCCUAAAGAAGAUGGGAAUAGCCAGAUGCUGGAAGUUAAGCGAAGACAUCUAUUGAUAAUGAGUAGGAUUGAGGUGGAGAGCUCUGAUGAGUUAGACACAAGCCAACCUUCUGAUCAUCCGACCAACUGGCCUUUGGUGGUAGAUGGGGGCUUUUGGUUUGGCGGACAGCAAAAAUUGUCAACUACUGCCUCCACACCUACACACCAGGAGUCGUUGCCUGCAUCCGACACACCUAAACGCCAGGUCCCUUCACCUACCGUAUGCACACCUGUACGUCGCAGCCCCUCAAUCCAAAUCAAGAUGGAACCCACAUCUCCAGCACCAGAAAUGAUGGAAAAACCACGAGGACCCGUUUCUGCAGUGACCACAAAACCCGGGUUUCCUAUCAUUGUAUCCAGUCAGAUCGCGGAGCAUUAUUACAGAUUUAUAACGGAAAAGGAUAGCCCGUAUGCUGAAUUAGAUAUGAGUCCGGGCUGGACAAGACGCAAUAGUGUUAAAUCUACACCGGCCGACAGCGAAGAAGAAGAAGAAGAAGAAGAAGAAGAAGAAGAAGAAGAAGAAGAAGAAGAAGAAGAAGAAGAAGAAGAAGAAGAAGAAGAAGAAGAAGAAGAAGAAGAAGAAGAAGAAGAGGGGGAGGCGCUCGCCUCUACUGAGACCGAGAUACCAGGUCUCCUACGGGAAUUCGAAAACCUGAUCAAGAGCACAAUCAAGAUCGAAAAGACAUCACCCACUCCCUCACUCUCACCCCACGGCAAUGUCGACACUAUCAAAUCCCACAACCCGCUCCAAACCCAAACCAUCUACGAACCCAUCGCCUCGGGGUUCAAAAACAGCACCUCACCCUCCCCACCUCCCUCACUCAAACCGCCAUCCUCCCUUGCAUCCCCCUCCCUCCUCUCCUUCCUCGAACCGCCCACCCCAACCCCGUUCAGCACCACCUACGGCAUCCCUAACAACGCCCCUUACGCCCCCAACCUCCACUUCGUAUCCGGCUCCACCAUCGAACAAAACCGACCCACAGAAUGGGGCCGCAACCUCCGCAAGCGCACUGAUGAGCCACCCCACCGCCGCCUAUUCCAACCCAAUCACAUACAUGGUCCCAUAGCGCGCGAGUACGGAUACCACAGCGCGGGGUCACUGCUACAGGGCCAGGGACGGAAGACGGGGAGGUUGUGUAAGAUCUUCAAGAAGACGGUGAAGAUGGUUGGGCUGGGUACCAAGGAUGUGGGGUUGUUGAGAAAACGUAGGAAGGCUAUUGAGCCACCGACACCGUCAUUUGGGUCGUUUUUUGGUUCACGACAUUCGGCGUCGAGGGUGGGGGAUGGGGUGUGGUGGAAGGAGAGUGGUUUUGGCGCCUGA